AGUUGAUUGAAAAGGAAAAGGAAGAGAAACACAAAGGAAAAUAUGGUUUGUCGGAAGACCCAAUCAGUCGCCCCUUUUCCCAGUCUCCCGACACUCCUUUCAUUUUCGCAAUGUUUUAAGCCCACCAAAUAACUCCAACUACACCCGCCUCACUUCCUCCGCCCGACGCCUACGCCGCCUCCCAUACCGCCGUUAAUGCCGGAAAGAUCUCCCCUUUCCUCUGGCUCGAGCUGUCCAUCAGAGCUCUCACUCUCUUUGUUCGUCUCUGCUUGAUAAAAGCUGCUUUACAUCUGGCUUGGUUCUUGGCCAUUUUUGGCAAGUUCCCACAUAUCAAAUUGCUGUGAGUUGGACCUAAAGAAAAAAGGCACAUACAUAUGGAUAAUCAUCAUAGCACUAAAGAAAAUGGAGGGAUGAAGAAAGUCAGUUCCCAUUGUUCAAUCUCAGAGAUAGAUGACUUCGAUCUAUCAAAGCUUCUUGACAAGCCAAGGCUGAACAUAGAGAGGCAGAGAUCCUUUGAUGAGAGAUCACUUAGUGAGUUGUCCAUUGGACUUCCAAGAGGACACCUAGACAAUAAUUAUGAAAACUACUCUUCUCCAGGCAGGUCCGUACUGGACACACCUGCUUCGUCAGCCCGAAACUCUUUUGAACCUCACCCGAUGGUGGCCGAGGCAUGGGAUGCCCUACGCCGGUCAUUAGUCCAUUUUAGAGGUCACCCAGUUGGCACCAUUGCUGCCAAUGAUCAUGCUGGAGAAGAGGUCCUAAAUUAUGAUCAGGUUUUCGUUCGUGAUUUUGUACCUAGUGCCCUGGCCUUCCUAAUGAAUGGUGAACCUGAAAUAGUAAAAAACUUCCUUUUGAAAACACUUCUACUUCAAGGUUGGGAAAAGAAAGUUGAUAGAUUCAAACUUGGGGAAGGUGUUAUGCCAGCUAGUUUCAAAGUCCUUCAUGAUCCGGCACGCAAGACCGACACAAUAAUAGCAGAUUUUGGGGAAGCAGCCAUUGGAAGAGUAGCCCCGGUAGAUUCUGGAUUCUGGUGGAUUAUUCUUCUUCGUGCAUAUACAAAAUCUACAGGAGACUUAAGUCUGUCUGAAACGCCAGAAUGCCAAAAGGGUAUGAGGCUAAUAUUGUCAUUGUGUUUGUCGGAGGGGUUUGAUACGUUCCCCACUUUGCUAUGUGCUGAUGGAUGCUCAAUGAUAGAUAGAAGAAUGGGAAUUUACGGUUAUCCCAUUGAAAUCCAAGCCCUCUUCUUCAUGGCACUGAGGUGUGCAUUGGCAAUGUUAAAGCCAGACGGAGAAGGGAAAGAGUUCAUCGAGAGAAUUGUGAAACGCCUGCAUGCGUUGAGUUACCACAUGAGAAGUUACUUCUGGCUCGACUUCAAACAACUAAAUGACAUUUACCGCUACAAAACAGAAGAAUAUUCCCACACGGCGGUAAACAAGUUUAAUGUCAUCCCCGACUCAAUCCCUGAUUGGGUGUUCGACUUCAUGCCGACACGUGGUGGUUACUUCAUCGGUAAUGUUAGUCCAGCGAGGAUGGAUUUCAGGUGGUUUGCUUUGGGCAAUUGUGUUGCCAUCUUGUCUUCUCUUGCCACUCCCGAGCAAGCUUCUGCAAUUAUGGAUCUAAUAGAAGCGAGGUGGGAGGAAAUGGUUGGGGAAAUGCCUUUGAAGAUAUGUUAUCCGGCAUUGGAAACUCAUGAAUGGAGAAUCAUAACGGGCUGUGAUCCAAAAAAUACCAGAUGGAGUUACCACAAUGGUGGAUCAUGGCCAGUGCUCCUGUGGUUGCUAACGGCAGCAUGCAUCAAGACAGGACGGCCACAAAUUGCAAGACGAGCCAUUGACCUUGCCGAAACCAGGCUAUUGAAGGAUGGCUGGCCAGAGUAUUAUGAUGGAAAACUAGGAAGGUGCAUUGGAAAACAAGCCAGGAAGCAUCAGACGUGGUCCAUCGGUGGAUAUCUAGUAGCAAAGAUGCUGCUGGAGGAUCCUUCUCACUUGGGGAUGAUCUCUUUGGAAGAGGACAGGCAAAUGAAGCCUGUAAUCAAGAGGUCAUCCUCUUGGACUUGCUGAUAUAGAUUUAUAUGUAAGCAUGUGCCAACAAAACAAAAUAUGUUGUAGGGACAAAGAGGGAUCCAGAACAGACAAAUGAGGUGUGAACCUUUGUGUUUCUUGAAAAGUCUAAUGUUUGUAAAUGAAGAAUUGUAUGCUGCUCAAAUAAGAACCAUGUUCUGCUUUCAAUAGUUUGGUUUUUUCUACUUGGUUCUAUAUUUUGUACUCCGUAUAUUUUAAAGUUUGCUACAUUUUGCUUUUUGUGAUGCAUUUAAAAG